UUAGCUCGAGGGAGGCUGGAAGGGAAUGCACAGAAGCUGGAUUUUACCUCUGGCCCCCUGGACCCAAUUCCUAACCCAUAUUCCACUUUGGACAGUGCCCGCCAGGUCCAGCCAGCCCCUCGCAUUCGCCCCAGUGGAAAGGACAUUCUGGAAAAGGGGCAGAAGGGAAUGGUCAGUCUCUUACUGCAGCUCGAAGGGAUCUCCCUUGACAGGGGCCUGCCAGUGAAGAGUAAGUACCGCUGAAUUGUUGAAAAUAGCCUAAUGCGAAUAAAGGAGAUUCAGAAGAAAUGCAAAGAGAAGGAGCGAGCCCGUGAGCACACCCAGCCUAAGCCUGUGAAGGCUCUGUGGAAAUCCCAGAAAUAUGACAAUGUGGAGUCAAAGGUGAAGGCCAAACUUCAGGAAAGCUCCCCGCCUCCAAAUCCAGAGGCUUUGAAAUUCCUGAGGGCAUAUUCUCGAUGUGGCCCUGGGAUCAAGCCAUGCAGGCCACUGUCUCCAAGCCUUGCCAGAACAAAAGCAGGGGCAGGCACAGAGGCUCCAGAGGCACUAGGUGCCGAAGCCAAGAUCCAGGUGGAGGGCAAGAGCAUUGACUUCAUUAAACACAAUGCCCGCAAUGCCAAGCGGGCCCCUUUGCGGCGUUCCCAGUCAAUGCAAACCCUGGCUGAGCUGCUGGAACAGAAGCACCGGGAGCAGGAAGAGUACAAUACCAAACAAAAGGGCCACGUCCCCCAGUACCUUUUGGAGAGGAAGGAGCUGUGGCGCAGACAGUUGGAGGAGCAGCAGCGAAACCUGCCAGAUCCUGACACGCCGCCUGGCCAUACCAUGAUGCCUGAGGGCCAGCGACUGGAGACCCUCAGCAAUCUGAAGCAAAGCCAAGAGCAGCUGGUGAAGGACCUGGUGAUGCUUCCAGUGCGUGCGGACACCCUCAGCAUUCAGAAGAGGCGGAUGGAGUUGGAGAGGAAGCUAUCCCAGAUAGAGGAGGCCCUCAAAAUUUUCUCCAGGCCCAAGGUCUUCAUCAAACUAGAUUCCUGAGCCUGUGAGGGUUGGUGUGUUGUGCUGCUUUGUGUGAACACCCUUCAUCGCUGGAGAAAGGCUGGUAGUCAGUUUGGGAGGGAAGAAGGCAAGUUCAGGACCCUGGGCCCAUGCAGGUGCUGAUACAUUGUCUAACGUGCAGUCGGCAUCUCUUGUUCACUCUCCAAGGUUGUGUCUCAUCCCGGGGACAGGCAAGGAGAUGGGUUAAUUUACUGUCUCUGCUGUGCAGUGUGGAGAACAGUUGUUUCUGUAGUGCUUGACUUCUCACAGAGAUCUGCUCUCUGUGCUCUUGAUCCAUGGGAUGAAUCUCAUCACCUCUUAUUUCCCUGUUUCUGGAAACUGGUAGGAGAUCUCCCAUGCUGCUGCCUCUGGGUCUGGUGCUCCUUGUGCCCCUUUCUCUCUUUAACUAGACCAUGGGCAUGGCUCGUUCCUGCCCAUGGCAGGGCAAGUCUGCCAAGUCCAUGGCAGACUUGGCUGCGCUUAGAGGCAGCCUGACCAGCUGCAGCUACAAAAAAAACGGGUGCUGCAUGUCUGCCAUGCAUGCCCUGGGCCUCAGCGCUAAGCUAUCCUGAGCACGCAGUUGGUGCC